UGACUGCUACUGGCUAACUGCUACUGGCUGACUGUCUGCUAUUGGCUGACUGCCCCUGGCUGACUGCUACUGGCUGACUGCCCCUGACUGACUGCUACUGGCUAACUGCUACUGGCUGACUGUCUGCUACUGGUGGAUUUAAGCGGUGAUGGCUGUAACUUGUUGCUUCACUAGAGAUGCACAAACACAUGAAGGAAGUCUCUCAGCUCACGCUUCAGACGACAGAGCGGAACUGCUACAAGUCUGAGUGUUCUGGGCUUGUGUGUGUGACCGCUCACCCAGGAAAACUUCACUGCUGAGGACCUCUGUUUGACUACUGGAGCCGACACCACAGAGAAGAAUGGACAGAGAGGGAGGGAAGUAGAACUAACAAUCAUCUCUGAGUGUGUGGGAGACAGAAAUGCAGAGAAUCUUCAUGGAUGGAAUCUCAAACCUGUGGAUAUACAAGUGAGUGUCUGUUGAUAUCUGGAGCCCCAAACAUGAGAAGAUUGCAGUUCAAUCACUCUGACGUUUCUGCUGGGGCAGACAAACACCUUUCCUACCAGGCCUGUGCUGCUACCAGGCCUGUGCUGCUGUCGAAGGCUUCUGUGAUGAUUUUGACCAGUGGUUAAACUCUGCAAAAAGGAUUACUGGGAUUCUUAAACUGUCACCUUUUACUACAUACUACGUUUGGAAUAAUUCAACUCGCACUGGACCCAUUCCCCAGUGAGGGGAAAUCCACAACAGGCUCCACAAUGGCCACCAGACAGUUGAGACAGAAUGGUGGUGUGAGGGACGUGAUCCCAGAGGAUGGCAGUGACAGGGGAGGAAACUGUGGCAUUGCAGGGAAGUUGGCUGGAGACCGGGGCAGGACAGAGUGGAGAAGGCUGAACCUGCCCAAAAGGAGUAAGAGUUUAGACUGGAGUGGAAGGGGAGCUAGCCCUGGCGAGGGGCUCAGACCUGGGCUGCUGAGGUUUUCUGGGAACCUAGGGGGGUCCACACUUAAACGAGCAGAGAGUUUGGAGAGUAGGAGGGCAGGAGAGAGCAAUGUGUUGUCCAGGGUGAAGGCCUUUAACUCAGUUGGACCAGGGGAAGUGAUGAGCCCCGUUGGGGGUUCAGGGCGUUCCGUUGGUGAAGUGGUGUCCCCUGUGGGUCUAGUGUAUGUGGCUAUAUCUCUGGAGAGGGCCAGUGGGGGCCAGUCCCUCCCCACCAGGCUGAGUUCUAGUCCUGGUCCUGGGUCUGGAACCAGAAAACCAGCCGGUGGAUCUCUUGGAUCCUCCAGGGGUCACAGUAUCUGGGACCGGAUACAGAAGCUCUAUGGGUCUACUGGAACUGAUAAAGCUACAAACAGAGAUGUGAAGGACUCAACCAGAACCAAGCGUCUCUCAGCACCGGUAGGAGACUGGUCUCUAUUGGAGAUGGAUGGGGGGGAUACAGCAGCCAAUCGCAGGAAGUCUACCACAGACUCUGUCUUUGUCUCCCCCCUCUCCUCCCCCUUUUCCUCCCCCCUCAGUGGAUUAUCCAGGGGGGAGAGGAACGGCCUGCUCUCACACACACCCCUAGUAGAACAGAAUACCACACACACACCCCUGGUAGAACAGAACACCACACACACUACACACACACCACAGAGACAUCAAAAUAGUGCAGUCAAGGUGUCUGGUUUGAGCCCCUCACUGUCUCCAGUGUCAGGGUGUACCACACCCACACUCUCAUACAAACCCUCACACACACCCUUAGUGGAGGGGUCAUCAGUGUGCAUUAGGGACCCCUCACUAUCCCCUCCAUUAGAAGACAAACAGGAGAGAGGGGAAAAGGAGGUGACAAACACUGUGGGCAAAAAGAGUGUAAGUAGUGAAGACAGCGAAAAGGAGAGCUUCAGGGUGGGGAGCAUGGCUCAGGAAAAAGAGAAAUGGACUGAUGUCGAAGGAAAAGGACACAAGAAAAAGGAGAAGCGAGGGAGAGAUAACGCUGAAGUCUUUCUCCCCCAGCACAGACUAUCAGUGACACCCACCAGGGACUCUCAGCCUAUCACAACGUCCGGAGUAGGGGUCACCACAUGGUCAAACCCCCUCCUGACCAAUCAGCUUAAUGGGAAAACGGACAACUAUGACAGGAGCAAGACCCCUGGUAGAGGCGUGGGCAGGGAACAGAGCCUGUCAGAAGAUGUGUUUGAAGCCAACACCCCACAGAGGAUAACAUUACAGAACACAGAAAAUACCAAGUUACCUGGGAAACUGGUAGUGCCUUCUGCAGCCAGUGUGAGGAACAAGAUCCACCAGUUUGAAGCUCUGACACAGACAUCUCAGGUCUCAGUGCCCAACUACCUGAAGCCCAGACGGGCUUUCUCUGUCCCGGAGCAGCUCAGUGAGUCUGGAGAGAGGGUCAGGAAGAGUGGGUUGGAUAGACAGGUACGUGGGGUGGGGGGAGUAUGGGAGAGAGGGAUAGGUGGAAGAGAAGGAGGAAUUGUAAUUAUGGAUGGGGGGAGAGGACAAGGAGAAGGGGUAAUGAAGAGUGUGCCAGAUAAAGCACUUGGUGGAGGGAAAGGAGGUGAGGUAGUGAGAGAAGAGAGGAAGGCUGAUAGAGGGUGGGCGCUGAGGUCUAUGUCAGUCGAUGAGGUGAGGCUGGGGAGCAGGGAGAGAGGGAGAGUAGGGGAGAGCGGGGGAGUGGGCGAGAGCGGGGGAGUGGGGGAGAUGGGCAGAGUAGGUUAUAGAGGUUUAGUACGGGGAGUGGGGGAGACAGGGGGAGUGGGGGAGAAAGCUGUUGGCUCUGGUAUGUUUUCCAACCUCAAGGGUAAACUAGACAUCCCUCUGAAUGGCAAAACCACCAGAGACACUCUGAAAGACUUUUCCAUUGAUGAGCCAGACCUCCCCAAUCACACAGUCACACCCCAGGACUGGAGUAGGAGAGGCACCAACACAAAGACUACUACAGUCACUGGCAAGGAUACUUCAUCCUCCCAGCUGUCUAACUCUGUGAACAACUCCAAUGACGUUCUAGGUGGCCCUGACCAGUCUAGGAGGCCUCACAGUAGAGACUCACCUAACCUGCCAUCUCCAGUGAGUGAUGACGACAAGACACCCACCAACACCCCCCAGAACUCCCCCUUCCACCCCCAGAACACACCUCCCACCUCCCCACACCUCCCCACUACUUCCCUGCAGCCUAAACACCAACAGGGUGUAGAUUCAGGCCUGGCUGACCUAAAGAACCCUCCAUUCUCCACACACACAGCCCAGGGUAGGGUCACUACUGACCCUGCUAUCCCAGUCUCACACUCUGGCCUGGGGAGGGAUUCCAUGUCCCUUCCCCUCACCUCCUCCUCCCCCAGCAGCCUACCCCUCCUCCCCACUCUGGCUCGAUGGAAGUCAGAGGAGGGGGGAUGGAGUGAUGAGGAUACUGAUGAUGAAGGUACAGAGAAGGACGAGGACUCCACCUACGACUCAGACUCUGCUGAAUCCUCGGUGACCGUCACCAGCGCCAUGAGCCAAUCACAUCGCAGGAGCUUCUCUCUCAGUCUGGCAGAGCUGUGUAACUUCGGAGAGGUGGACUAUGAUCCCCAGUCUUCCUCUGACAGUGAGGAGUGGCCGUCCAGCCGGUCAGCCAGCCGGUCAGCCAGCCUGUCGUCUGACGUGUCGGCAUUGUCCUGUGUGUCUGUCCUGGGCAGUGAUGAGCUGAACCGCCUGCUGGACGACGUAAAGGGCCUGGGGGACACAACGCUGCAGAACUAUGAGGAUGUCCAGGUGGUGGUUCUCCAUAAGGAUGUUGGUGUGGGCCUGGGCUUCACCAUGGCAGGAGGAGUGGACCAGAACAAACCUGUCAUUGUCCAUAAGGUGUUCCCGGCAGGGGUGGCUGCUAAGGAGGGAUCCAUCCAGGAGGGAGACAAGGUCCUGUCAAUCAACGGCACAGCGCUGUGUGGCUCCUCCCACUGGGAGGUGCUGAGGACACUAAGGAGGGCACGGACUCAGGGGAUGGGCGUAGUUGUCUUGAGGAGAGGGGGGGUAACAGACCCUCGUAAGGGAGGAACAGUGACUGACAGUCCAGGAGGGACACAGACUGCUAACACUGGUCAGAGGGUGUGUGUGAGGUUGGAGAAGCGCAGCAGAGACCUAGGCUUCAGUCUGGAGGGAGGAGUGGGUUCCAGCCUGGGAGACAAACCCCUCACGGUACAGAAACUCUUCCUGGGUGGUCCAGUGAACCAGGUGUCUCCAGGGGACGAGGUGAUGGAGAUCGAGGGUGUGAGCUUGGUGGGCCUGAGGAGGCUGGAGGCCUGGACCUUGAUCAGAACACUGCCCCCUGGGCCUGUGGAUGUGGUACUACACCGUCCUCACAAACCACAGUGACAGGAAUGAACAUUGAUAUGCACCCUCGAUAUGCUUAUAACAAGGCACUGAAGCAUUGUACUCCUAUGAGGUUGAAGUGAGGGUUGCCAAUCUGAUUUUGGAUAUGUGGUUCGGGUCAACUUCUACCUCAAGUGAGAGGGAUGAUAUGUAUUGCAGCAGUCAUACGAUAAUAAAGCACUGAAGAGACCAGUAAACACUGAGGAGGGGGUCUGUCUGUGUAUAGGGUCAACCCAGGGUAUGAAGAGGGAGACAGAGAUCAAUACAAAGCACUGAAGAGACAAGUAAACACUGAGGAGGGGGUCUGUCUGUGUAUAGGGUCAACCCAGGGUAUGGAGAGGGAGACAGAGAUCAAUACAAAGCACUGAAGAGACCAGUAAACACUGAGGAGGGGGUCUGUCUGUGUAUAGGGUCAACCCAGGGUAUGAAGAGGGAGACAGAGAUCAAUACAAAGCACUGAAGAGACAAGUAAACACUGAGGAGAGGGUCUGUCUGUGUAUAGGGUCAACCCAGGGUAUGAAGAGGGAGACAGAGAUCAAUACAAAGCACUGAAGAGACCAGUAAACACUGAGGAGAGGGUCUGUCUGUGUAUAGGGUCAACCCAGGGUAUGAAGAGGGAGACAGAGAUCAAUACAAAGCACUGAAGAGACAAGUAAACACUGAGGAGAGGGCCUUUCUGUGUAUAGGGUCAACCCAGGGUAUGAAGAGGGAGACAGAGAUCAAUACAAAGCACUGAAGAGACAAGUAAACACUGAGGAGGGGGUCUGUCUGUGUAUAGGGUCAACCCAGGGUAUGGAGAGGGAGACAGAGAUCAAUACAAAGCACUGAAGAGACCAGUAAACACUGAGGAGGGGGUCUGUCUGUGUAUAGGGUCAACCCAGGGUAUGAAGAGGGAGACAGAGAUCAAUACAAAGCACUGAAGAGACAAGUAAACACUGAGGAGGGGGUCUGUCUGUGUAUAGGGUCAACCCAGGGUAUGGAGAGGGAGACAGAGAUCAAUACAAAGCACUGAAGAGACCAGUAAACACUGAGGAGGGGGUCUGUCUGUGUAUAGGGUCAACCCAGGGUAUGGAGAGGGAGACAGAGAUCAAUACAAAGCACUGAAGAGACCAGUAAACACUGAGGAGGGGGUCUGUCUGUGUAUAGGGUCAACCCAGGGUAUGGAGAGGGAGACAGAGAUCAAUACAAAGCACUGAAGAGACAAGUAAACACUG